CCCAGAAAGGGAAGACGCCUAGUCGAGAUGUGGGGAGGCCCACGCCAUUGCCACAUGGUAGACGAUGACCGCCUGGGCGCUGCUGUGGCUGUGGCUGUGGCUGUGGUGGUGCUGCCCCGCGUCUUGUGGCUGAAUCUGCCUCCACAUGCACCCCGCCUUGGCAGCACCGCUUCCCGCCUAGACACCGCAAUGGACACUGCCAUGACGGAGUAGACGAGGAAGAUGCCCACCAGUCGUCUUGAUCCUUCAGCCAAGAACGCACCUUGUUCCCCUCUUCACCUUCUCGCCACCCACUCACCCACUCACACCAUGGCAGCUUCCACAUCGCAGCCACAGGCAGUCACACUCCUCCUCUUGGACCGCGUACUAGCAGCUCAAGAGUACGAAGGUCAGACUGUCCCCCUCGCAGUCGGCACCUGCGCUGUAGAUCUCGUCUCCCUCUCCUCCACCGUGGAAGAUGCCUAUCUCUUACUCAAGAUUGACGCAGAUGCACAGGGAAAGGAAAAGGCAAGGGAUGGAUUCGAGAUGAUUCUCAGUACGGAACAGAUUGUAGAGUUGCAGCCUGGAGGACAAGGAGGCAGCAAGUACAAGAUCCAGUCGUCCGAGGUGCAGGGGGCGACUAUCUCCCUGACGCUCCCACCGGGAAACAAGGAUGAAGAGGCAUUUCAGGAGAUCAUCGAGCAGUAUUGUGGACUGCUCCGUGCGGGAAGUAAUGAUAGGGGCAGGGUUGAGCUAGUAGAUGAAAUGGGCAAUGUCAUUGGAUCACUCGACCGAUCCAUCCAGCCUUCGCGCUCAUCCGAGAAGCUGCAAGGCGGUGCAGGAGCAGGAUCUGAUCUGCUGCUCAUCCACGACGACGACGACGACGCCUCGAGCUUCUACUCUAGCAGCGAAAAUUAUCCUUCCACCACUUCUGCUGGACCCACCACUUCUACCACGAGCAACACGACGGGUGCUCCUCCUGUCACACAGGCGUCUGCACAAGAGAAGGACUGGCUCAUCAACGGCGCCCAAUACGUCUCCAAGGGCCUCAUCGGCGUCACUGGCUGGCUAGGCGGUACAGUCGAAAAGGGUGCCAAUCGCUACACCGCGGGCAAGUCCGGCAACGCCCCUCAAAGCGGCUCGGCCUCUCCCGCAGGCCAGCAGUACCUGGAUGAAAAGUCCAGCACAGGCUACAAUGCCGAAGCCCUCUCUACCGACUAUCCCGCAGGGGGACCAGGAGUGGCAGGUGGAGCAGGCUCCGGCACCUCUACACCGAGCGGGGCUAGGAGCAGCAAGACGAAUGUGCCCAUCCAUCCCUCAAUCGCAAAGGGUCUCUCUGCCCUCUCCUCCGGCUCAGGUCGAGCCGUAUCCCUCUCUGGAUCAGCCCGCAAGAUGAUCCUCGACACGUCAGACAGUGCAGGUCGUCGCAUCGGCGGUGUGCGUAGUUCCACCAACAAGGACGGCACCCCUCGUCAGCCUGGAACAAUGAGGACACAGCUUCAGCGAGGUGCCACGGCGGCCAACAUUGUCCUCGAAGGCUUCGACACGGCCGUUGGUGGUCUGCUGAACUCCGUUGGCGCUUCAAGUGGAAAAGUAGUAGGACACACAUUUGGUGCACAAGCAGAAAGUGCUUCGGGACAUAUUGGUCAAGUAGGCAAGAACUGCUUCUUGGUAUACAAGGACGUGAGUGGUGUAAGGCGUAAAGUCCUUUUGAAAUUGGCGGGGGGUACACUUAAAGGACGGACUGUGGAUGGACAGGAGAUUGAGAUUAGCGCUAGUCCGGAGCAGGGAGUGCAGGGAGGAGACGCAAUCAAGACUGACUAUGCGCCGCCGGGGUCGACAUCAGGAGCGGGGGGUAAUACCGCCAGCUAUGGCACCCAAAGUCAAAGUGAUAGCACCACUAGUGGUCUCAGCAGAGGACAAGGCAGUCUCGGCGGUGCUGGUCUGGGGUCAGGCGUAGGGGGAGGAACUGCAAAUGCAGGAAUGGGCGUGAGUGGGAAAGUGCCCGCUCCUGCACUCACGGGAGCGAGCACUACCGCUGGUCCACCCGGAUAUAAUGAAAAGAGGUGAAGGUGGAGAUGCGCGAAUUCAGCAUCGUUGGGAGGAUUAUUGGGAAGGGGAGGUGUUGAUGGGAAGGGAAGAAGGGUCGAGUGAGUCAGCUCUAUCAAAAGGCAUGGUGUCGCAUCGCAUCGCAAUGAACUCAUUCACAUCAUGGCCUACAGAGCCGCUCUCGCGUCAUUUAAAUCUGCAAAGACAUGUACAAGACGCCACGUUUGGCGAUCAAUUCCAAAAGAAUUGUUGGUAAUUGUACUAACUAGUGU